GCCGACCCUGCAUUUUGUGCAAAUAAAUGCUCUGAAUGUUAUUUAUUUUGACUUUGAGAAAUGUUGUCAGAAGUUUAUGGAACAAAACAAGAUUGUUCAUAUUACCGAAACACAUACCUAUCAACAGUAAAAAAGAGAAACAUUGCUUUUGCAGUGGUCUUUUAAUUUUUUCAGUAGCUGUAUAUAUAUUUUUGGUGCUGUUAAUUACAUUUUUUUUAUUAGGGUCAGUCUUGUAUUAUUGCUUGUUUUUUUCUAUUAUUAUUACUAUUAGUUUAUUAUCAUAUCAUAGAUUGUACCGCUAGAGUAUAGCAUAUCAUUGUAAUAUGUACAGAUGUUGUAACUGGCAUAGCAAAAGUAAGUUAAAACUUAUUCUGACAUUAUAUACUAUUCUGUCUACAGAUUGGAGCUGGGGUUGCUAGCUGUACAGCAGGAGAUCCCAAUGAUAGGGCAGGUGUAUGACCUGCUAAACUUGGUCUGGAAAACAUACCAUUUUAGCCCCAAAUCUAUGAGGGAACUCAGGGAGCUGGGAACAGACAUCGGGGUCAAUGCGAAUGCUCAAAGUGGAGUGAAGGGGACUAGGUGGCUGCCCCAUGUGUCCAGGUCUCUGGAAACAUUCCUCAAACAAGGAAAAGACCACGCUCUCCAAAGCCCAGGACAGUUUACUGCUGUUUAUUUGCAUAUGGACCACCUGGCAGGUGCCUCAGCCAAUGCGGAAAUUGCUGGAAGAGCCAAAAAGAUCAAACUCACUAUCGAGGACGGGACUUUUGUGGCAUUCUGCCAUUUCCUGGCAGACCUUUUCUCUUAUAUUAGUCAGUUCAGCCUACUUUUGCAGAGAAAUGAUAUCAUCCUACCUCAAGCUGUCAGUGGGAUUGAAAACCUUUUAGUCACCAUAGAAGCCUUGGCAGCCCAACCCAAACCUGGUGGAAAACUAAGCACCUUCUGUGCUGCCAUGCAAGAGCAGCGCCACCAGAAUCAGGACAAUGAAAGACAGGAGUUCAAGUUUCAAGAAGUCAACCUUUCAAAAGGGGAGGCUGCAAAACUGGUGGAAGGCGAAUCCAUCAGCCAAGCUGCCCCCGGACUGCAGCGAGCAAUUGAAAGGACAUGUGAGUCCACUGUGAAACAUCUGAGAAACAGACUCAGUAGCCUGCUGGAGAAGAACACAAAGGACACACCAACGACCACAGCGGUCCAGUCCUUUAAUGCCUUCAACCACCAUGCCUGGCCAGAUGACAAACGUACGCUCUGGGACCACAGUGUGAAGGAUGUAGAGUUUCUCUUGGAGCAUUUCUCCACAGUCCUGAGAAGGAAUGGGUGCAAUCCAGAACUGGCCAAGGAAGAAUUUCAGGCCAUGAAGAUGAUGAUAUACACAUCUUUUAAAGAUGUGUAUAUCAUUGAGCCAUACUGCUCAGAUUAUAAGGCAAGUGGUUUUGUUUUUAGCAGAUUAUAUAUACACACACACACACACACACACACACACAUUUAAUAUAUAUAUUAUUAUACCUGUUUUUUUGUGUGUGUUUUUUAGAACAUCCUACACCUGAUCCAGAUCAUGCUGGUACUCCCUAUUUCUGCUGCUGUCUGUGAGAGAGGUUUCUCUACACAGAAAAGAAUUAAAUUAGACAUAAGAGCAAAUCUUCACUCAGACACUGUAGAAGACCUUAUCAGAAUCAGUGUAGAGGGGCCUGAACUGAUUGACUUUGAUGCCAGAGAGAGUGUGCAGAACUGGCUCUCGCAGGGGCAAAGGGCAAGGAGGCCCCACUAUACACAAUGGCCAAUCGAUUUUGGCAUGUGAGGGGGAUGUCCUGUGAAGUGGACAUGCAUUGUUUUUUUUUUGUAUCUUUAAUACAGAAAAGUCAAUAGCUGCUGAAAAUCUAUUAUUAUAUUAUUUUAUGGAUUAUGUUUAUUU